CCCGUUGUUUUUGAUCAUGGUCAAAAAUAUUUUUGUCAUGCCCAAAAUGCGGUAGCAUUCAGCAGUGGGCUUUGAAAUAGCGGAGUGAACAAAUGCUGAUUGAAUUUGAUCAUGCAGAAGUUUAGUUAACUUCAGCGUAACGAUGGCCCCCAAGAGCAAGAAGACCGGUGACACCAUCAACUCGCGCCUGGCGCUUGUGAUGAAGUCCGGAAAGGUCACCCUCGGCUACAAGUCCACCAUCAAGACCCUCCGCUCCGGCAAGGCCAAGCUGGUUAUCAUCGCCGCUAACACUCCUCCUCUCCGCAAGAGUGAGCUCGAGUACUACGCCAUGCUCGCCAAGGCCCCCGUCCACCACUUCUCCGGAAACAACAUUGAGCUCGGUACCGCCUGCGGUAAGCUCUUCCGUACCUCCACCAUGGCUAUCCUCGAUGCUGGUGACUCCGACAUCCUGUCCAGCCAGUAGGUGUAAAGCCUGGUCAAUGAAUUCAUGUUAUGUCUGAACGGCGGUAUGCCAUGAUGCACAACGUCACGGCACGAUUUAGAUAAUGACAAUGAACUUUACAUCUAUACUGGAUUUCCAUUAAAACGCUGUAGGAUAAGAUUGUAGGAGUGAUCAGGAAGAUAGCACGGUCGUAUCACUGAAGAACCGGGGGAAGGGCGGCAGCUCGACUCCACUUUAUGAGUCACAUGAUAAUAGUCCAGGCAUUUUGAUAAUUAUAAAGCAGCUGGAAGUCGUCACAUUCCAUUCCGCAGUAAAACAUGUUUCAUUCACAGCUUAGAAAGAUUGAUAUAUCAGUCUGAACACUCCAAGAAUGUCGGAGUUGCCGUAG